AGCGCGGCUCAAGCAAGCUUUGGGUGGUCCAACUGCUCCCACCAGGAGACUUGUGAGGAAUAGUACUGGCAAUGUCUCGGAUGCGAAGGGUUCGGCUUUUACUGGCUGGCUUCGUCCUGGUACUUUCCACCCUGAAUAGCAUGGACAUGGAUGCCUUCAUCUCAGCUAAUCCAGGUCAACAGACCCAGAGGAGAGCCCUUCUUGUCCUGGCUUCGGCUGGCUUAUUUCCAGCACAAGCUCAUGCAGCCAAAAGUGCGCCCUCCAAAUGGGCUGGCAAAUGGGCUGACCCUGACUCGCCUGGAUGCCGCCGUGAAAUCGUUAUGAACUUUGACGGGACAAAGGGACGGCUCAUGGGAGCUGAGUCCACUGGAGUAAAUCCAGGCCUUACUGCAUUUGAGCUGGCACGAGAAAAAACUGAAUCGAAGAAGGGGGGUUGCUCUAGAGGUGACACUCUGCAGUUUUGGGAAGCAAAGCUGUACUCCGACGGCAAGGAGUCCAACGAGCUCACUAUAGAUUUGUCCAAGUCUGGACUGCCAGGUCCAAGCAAGGUGGUGGCGAAAUGGGAUGGAGAUGGCAUACUUUUCCCAGAUGGGUCAAAAUGGACCCGAACAAGUGGAUUUGCAGGCGGUAGAGGCAGUUAAGUUGGUGAAACUAGUGCACGCGACACAGCACCAGACAAACACUAAGACCAUGCGAGAGAA